GAAAUUUUGGGUACACAUGUUAUAAAAGCAGUUAGCCUGUUGCACAGGGAUAUUUCUUAUUAGAGUUGGGUUGGACGUCACUUCGUAACUUCAUUCAAUAUCAGGGCACCGAAAACAAGCAGCAUCGGCCUCACCGGAGCAUUACAGCAAUGGGCAGGCUUCAGGACGUGACCCGCUUCCUCUUGGCGGCCGGAGGCUCUGCCUCUACCGACGGCAAAUCAACUCAUCUAUUCCAUGAGGUCAAGAAUUCCUUGUUUAUGGAAACAUGGACAGGUUCCGAAUUAAUCGACCGCGUGGAAGUAGUAACUGGCGUUAGGAGUGAUACAUCUGCACCUCUUGUGAACUUGCAUUACAAGAGAAUCUUUGUUGUAGAUCAAACACACACCCUCAAAUGCUUCACAGAGACCUCGAAAGCUGAGGAUGAAGGCGAUGAUGAAGAUGAAGAGGAAGAAGAAGAUAGCCGCUGGGAGGACGAGGAGCUAGACGACUUGGACAUCCGAGUUCACGACAAAAGCCAACUUGCCGUCGCCUGUGGUGAAUUUACAAUCGUGGUUUUCUACCAAAACCCCGAUGGUACUAUCGGCGCCAUCGAAGAUGAUGGCAGCUUACAUGGGUGGAAGAUUGCCCAACUCCCAAACGCUGAAGCUCUUCCUGGAACCCCCAUGGCCAGCUUCCAAGCUAAAGACACCGUAUACUUUGUCUAUGUUGCUGCGGACCAAACCUUUCGUUAUUUAGAGCAUAGUAACAAUGAGUGGAAAGACGCACCCUUUUCGAGUGCCAAGAUAGACGGAGCUUCUGCCAAAAUAUCGCUUGCCGAAGACGAGAAAGCAGAGACUGAUCCGAAGCUCUUAAUCUUUUGCCUCGCUGAUAAGAAGCUGUCUACGAUCAAACCGGGAAGCACCGAAGCAGAAACCUGGGGCACAGUGGAAGACGGAGUGUAUAAGCCAACGUCUGAUCAGGAGAAUAACGGAUCGCCGCAGGGAAGCAUCCCGAAUCCCUUCCACCCCGGGCAUCUCUUCAUCUACUCUGGCCCUCCUCCUCCUCCACCACCUCUUGCUACUGUCCCUGUCCCUGUCCCUUUUUCUGUUGCCCCUUUUGCUUGUUAUGAAGACUUCGGUCAAUUGAGCUUGAGGGAUCAUGCUGUUGAAUAUCAACAGCCUCCUCCUUAUGAAUAUUCUUAUGGUCAUUUCGAUGGGCGUUAUUAUGACUCCCAUGACGAAGCUCUUCUUCGGCAACCUGCCCAGCGACCUGAGCCGAGAUUUGUUUCACAGUCAGCGCAUGAUCCUUCAUGGCAGCCGCCUUACCAGCGCCCUUAUCGCGCUCGUGAUAUGUACCAUCAUGAUCCUUUCCAGCGGGAUCCUUAUUAUCAAGAUGGUUACCCUCCGGAUCGUUACCCGCAGGACUAUUACCAGCGAGAUCCUUAUCAACGAGAUCCUUACGAGCGGGGUCCUUACCAGCGUGACCCUAACCAGCCUCCUCAGGAGUUCUCGCACUCAUGGCAACAAGAUCCGCCACAGGAGCUCCCACGUCAACAACAUGUUCCUAUUCAAGAGUCCUCGCGACAGCAACAACAGCAACAACAACAACAACCUCCACAGGAGCUCCCACGUCAACAACAAUCUCCCCAGGAGACUCAGCGACAACAGGAGCCGGUUCAUCGCCCACCUACAGUUGAGGAUGCAGAAGAAGAAGAUGAUGAUGACGACUCUUCUACCCGGCCUCAGGCUGGAACAGAGCCCCCACGCGCUCCUCAACCUAAUCGUGAAGAGACUCAGCAACAACAACAGCGGCCACAACGGCAACAGCGGCAACAACAACAGCAACGUCGUGCCGUUUCACCCGCCUUCAAGUCGGAAGAUGACGACAUGGAGGAAGCCCUCCAGCGACGCCAUCCCCAGACACAAGGCCGCAGCUCUCGUCAAGCCUUUUUGGACGAGCCUGUAGAACGACGACAGACUCCUCGCCGUCGAACCCCCGCAGACUCCAUGUUUGAUGAAGAUGAAGACGCAUUCCUCCAACAAUUUCGGCGUUCUCGUCAAGAAGCAUUUGAGCUUGAUCGUCAAGACCGACUUCGGCGUGCUCUCCAUGAAGAGCAGCGUGCUCGUCGCCUUCCUCCUCAACAUCGUGGCUAUGACUAUGAGUCUCAUCGUCCCUACUUGGCACAUGGAUAUGAAGAUCAUCAUUCACCCUAUCGACAUGGUCCUCGCACCCGGCCAGACCCUAUAAUCAAAUUUCGCACCUAUCACUACAUUCAUUCGAUGCGAUGUGAACGGUGCCAUCGCCGCUACAAGAGAGUGAGCCGAGGACUGCCCUUUGGACGUAGCACUGAGUGGGUUAAGAAAUGCCGUUGCUAAAGACUUGAAAGAAAACGUAGUGAAUACACAUCGGAUUGAUGCACAAGG